AUGGGUCCUGCCUUCCGGGUGGAGUUUAAACCUCGAUUCAGCGUCACCGUGGGAGGCAAGCAGUACCUUCUGGGACUCUAUGACACGGCUGGACAGGAGGACUAUGAUCGUCUGAGGCCUUUAUCCUACCCCAUGACUGAUGUCUUCCUUAUCUGCUUCUCGGUGGUCAAUCCAGCCUCGUUUCAGAACGUGAAAGAGGAGUGGGUACCAGAACUUAAGGAAUACGCACCCAAUGUCCCCUUUUUAUUGAUAGGAACUCAGAUUGAUCUCCGAGAUGACCCCAAAACUUUAGCAAGACUGAACGAUAUGAAGGAAAAACCUAUCUGUGUGGAACAAGGACAGAAACUAGCAAAAGAGAUAGGAGCAUGCUGCUAUGUGGAAUGUUCAGCUUUAACCCAGAAGGGACUGAAGACUGUUUUUGAUGAGGCUAUCAUAGCCAUUUUAACUCCAAAGAAACACACAGUUAAAAAAAGAAUAGGGUCAAGAUGUAUAAACUGUUGCUUGAUUACGUGAGAAAUGUCCUCAGUGGCCAAGGAAAAGGUCUCUUUCUCUCAGAAAGCACACGGAAUGGUACAGCUGUAUCCAGAGCUCUCAUGAGGAAGCAGUUUAAAACUUGAAAGACAGAAAGCAAACUGCCCUCAGAAUUCUAUAGCGUUCAUUAUGAAUGUUUCUCGAAGGUCCAAGACGCAACCAGGAGCAUCUGAAGCCACAAUCUAUUAUAAAUACUUUAUUUCCAUAGAAGGUACAAUCUCUCAGGGGUUUCAUAGUUUAAAAAGCUACAAUCACAUCCUGUUGUAUCUACAAACAAAACGAAAGCCAGUGCUGUAAAACGGACCGCUCGGCUCUGACCACGCACAUUUCUGCAGUCUUUAUGGAAUCUGCACAAAGAAAUGUCUCCUCCUUUUCCUCCAAUUAAUUAUUCUUGUAUGUAAGUUGCUUUCUAUUCCAGUAUAUCCAGAGGGGUGAAAUGGCAAGGCCGGCCACGUAGCCAAAGGUCGCUCCAAGCGUGCAAGAGAUGGGCCACACCUGAGGGGAGGAUGUAAGAGAUUAGGAAAGGGCAGGUGGUUUGUUAUUAGUUGAGCACAAGCGAAGUGUAACCUACAUACUCCUAUAUUAAAGCAUAAUGUGCUUUCUUCAAGAAUGCCAAAAGU